AUGAGUCGUAAACCCAGGACAAGGUAUCUCAAGCUUAAUUUGUAAUUUCACAGCCUAUUAUGCUCGCGCAGCAUUCGCAUUUUAAAUAAGAUAAAAUGCUUGUUCAUGUGUUUUAAAUAGUACAUGAAGUAUUCAGAAAUGGCCCACUGAAUGCAGGCUCGCACUCAAGUGUUGCCAUGACAACACAAUAUUCUUAAAUUUUAAAUUUUUUUCAUAUUUUUUGUACAAAACUGCAAAAUAGUUGAAAGAUUCGUACUUUUAACUAUACAACAAUAAAUUUCUGGGGGUAUGAAUAUAGGUUAACAACAAUUUUCUGUCCUAUUUUUGUCAAUUUCAUUUUUUUGUAAAUAUCAUUGACAAUGUACUCUGCACGCUAUUUUUUUCCAAAUUUAUACUUGACAUAAUUGGAGACAAAAACAUUCAGCAUUUACCCAUCAACAGGCAAUGCUGAAAGUUCUUUACACUUCAUGCCAAACUGGGUGGUAAAUUACCAAGUUGUUUAGUGUACAAAACAAUCAAUGUUUUUUUGUCUGUUUUGCAUGAUCUACUUUUCUUUGCAGAUGUGCCUCAUUUGAUCAAGACUGCCAGAAACUGUCUGUACAAUUCUGGAUCACACAGUCGAUUGAUGUGGAAUGAUGGUAAAUAUCUCCUGUUUAGACAUCUCGCAGACAUGUUUUACAAUGAUCAAAUUUUUGCCAAAACUGACAUUGGACCAUGUUUUGCUAACAAGCUAUUCAAAGAUGAAGGUGAAAUUAGCUGUUCAGGUGUUGAGCGGAGCUGUUUCAACAUGUUUGUUGGAUUGUGAUGACCCCAGUAUUGUUGGUACUGCGAUGGUUAAUGAUUUUUUUUUAUUGUUGCAAUGUCAGAUCAACAACAGACCAUGAACGGAAACGAAAUGAGCAGAUCAAGCCAUAUGAAAGUGCGGAUGAUGAAAGACUUCUUGUAUGGAUGAAGGAUACUUUCAUGAAGUAUUUUGAUGAUUGGAAGACAAGCAUUAAAACAACAAAGGGGAAUUUCACAUUGAAAGAGAAAAGAUGUUUUUGUCUCAUCAGACAUAUGAAGGCUUUAAGAUAUCAAUUAACUCCCAUGUUGAAAGCUAUCAAUUUCCUCAUUUCUGAAGGGUUUAGUAUAAAGUAUGUUCUCUUAGAGCAUUUCAUGCAGGAUGUCAUUGAGGACUAUUUUGGUCAUCAAGGGACUCAGAGAGGAAGAUCAGAUAACCCUUCUGCAGAACAAUUUGGCUACAAUAAAUUAACCAUUGCUGUUAAGAGAGACAUUGUAACAUCUGUGAGUGGUAAUACUGGAGGGCAAUAUGGUAAAGCAAAAUGA